AAGGUCGAUCCAGUGGACAUAUCCAAUGUGUAUUGCAUUGCAGAAACAACAAUUCCAGAGACUGUUUCGUAAUCGAUUACAGCAGAGGACGGGUUCGGCCCGGUCGCGUGUUCAAAGGUAGAGAGGUAGGUGUUCCCUCUGUACAUAUGUUCGGUCGUGUUUGCAGCAGUCUGGUUUCCUGCCGGCCGGUCCUGCGAGUGCUGCAAGGGGGCUCGAGGCACCUACGCCACUGCAACGCCGCAGCCACCACCUCUCUGCCAUCUGUGUGUUUCAUUUCACGAUCCGCCGCCUCAGACUUCACCUCGCGCUGUUUCGCUUCCACCUCCAGGAUGGCUGAUAAGGAGGAAUUGAGAAAACGAUUAACGCCCCUGCAGUACACAGUGACCCAGGAAAAGGGCACCGAGAGACCUUUCACGGGUUGCUUCAACAAGACGUACGAUAAAGGAACUUACGUGUGCAUAUGCUGCGAGCAGCCCCUGUUUUCCUCCGACACCAAAUAUGACAGUGGUUGCGGAUGGCCUGCUUUCAACGAGGUCCUCGACAAGGGCAAAAUAAAAUUAACACCAGACACUAGUGGAGUUGGAGCUAACCUUCUACUCCUGAUAACCCAACCAGGUCGCAUCCGUACCGAAGUUACCUGUUCCAAGUGCGAUGCACAUUUGGGUCACGUCUUCGACGAUGGUCCACCUCCGAAGAGGAAGAGGUUCUGCAUCAAUUCGGCCUCGAUGAAUUUCAUACCGGCCGCAGGCGAUGAAGGCGAUGCGAAUAAAAGCUAAGAAGAUUUUCCGCCUAUUCAAUUGAAGACUAUUCGUAUUUCUAAACCUAAACUAUAUACCUCACUAGGAAGAUCGACAUUGGCCUAAACUAUAUCCAAACUCUAUAAAACUACAGCAAUAACAGCUCUAUCCCAAAAGCGUUGACGAUGCAAAUCUAAAUUAAUCACUGUUAAUGUCAUAUUUUUUUACUUAAUGUUAGUAUUCAAUUGAUCUUUUUAUAUAACAUAUGUAAACUUGAAUUCUCGUUAUUCCUUGUUUC